AUGACUUCCGCAGGUACAGAAAUGACAUCUACAAAUAUAACAACACAAAUUUCUUUGACUUCUGAAAUUCUGACAAUGGUUACAUCUACAAUUAUAACGACUCAAACUUCUGCAACUUCUUCAAUGACGACAACAACAGUGCAAGCAGGUACAGAAGUGACAUCUACAAAUAUAACGACACAAAUUCUUUCGACUUCUGAAAUUUUGACAAUGACUACAUCUACAAUUAUAACAGCUCAAACUUCUGCAACUUCUUCUGCAACUUCUUCUGCAACUUCAGCGACAGCAGCAACAAUACAAGCAUCGGUAACUUCCGCAGGUACAGAAGCGAUGUCUACAAAUACAACACUAAUUUCUUCGACUUCUGAAAUUCUGACAAUGGUUACAUCUACUAUUAUAACAACUCAAACUUCUACAUUCACAAAUUUUACAACUUCAGGGGCUCUUGUAACGACAACAACGCAGGCACCUGCAAUUUUUACGACUCCUACAACGCAAGCACCUGCAGUUCUUACAACAGCAACUGCAUCUAAAGAGACAUCUUUAGUGCAGACAAUGACGCCCGUUUUAAGUUCAUCUUAUAGUCCAGCUAAUAGUGGAAGACCGCCGAUUACUCUACCACCAAAAGAAACAACAACGACUAUUAAUCAAUGCACAGAUACAAAAAAUUGUCGUAUUGAUACUGAAACAAAAGCUACCGGAAAAGUAUUUACAAGUACAGCUCCGGAUCAAAAAACUUCAAUUGGAAAUGAUAAGACAAUUACAAAAUUCACAACUACAACGUAUACACAAACUAUUACACAUGUAUAUCCAGGUUAUACAACAACUAUAACUUAUACAACUGAUGGAACUGUAGCGUCAUAUGAAACAUAUUAUCCACCCAGUACUGUCGUUGUGUAUCAGCCAGUGACUGCUACUGUACCUAUGGAUGAUACUUUGGGUACAUCUAAUAGUAUUGGUUUCAAAGAUAAUAAUGGAUUAGCAAAUAUUCUUUGGAGUUUGUGGCUUGUAGGUUGGAGUUUAGAAUACAUGAUUUUAACCUAA